GAUACAAAGCGCGGGCACGUUUGACACCGGACCAACCAUCCAAGCAUACGGAGUGCUACCAGGAUGCAGGCCACCCGUAAGGUUGUUCCAAGAAAGGAACAGUGGAACAGGAAGAAACAAAACGAGACGUUGGGUUGGACCAUGGCAUCUACCAUGGGAUCAACCAUGGAAUCGACCAUGGGAUCGACCAUGGAGUCAACGAUGGAAUCAACAAUGGCAUCAACGAUGACAUCAACGACAACUCCAACAACAUCCCAUCGGGCCAUUGAUCGCCGCAACGAUAUCCCCACGUCCACGAAGAAGACGAUGUACAUCAAGCAAAGGAAGCCGUUGCAAAAGCGAGCGCCGACUCCCCCCAUCCGGUACAAACUCAGGGACAGCAGCAAGAACACGAGCACGAACGCAAAUACAAGCGGCAGCGGCAACAAUCGUGCGGGCAGCAAUCGCUACCGACGCGGGAUCCGUCGGCACAGAAGCAGUGCAGGCACACACGAGUCAACCAAACCCAACGUCCCUUCCACGGUGGACCUGAGACAGCGCAGACGGUCGGCAACGACGAGCAGGCUUCGAGACAGGAGACCGUCUUCCAAGUCCGCGUCCUCCGCCACCAGUAAGGAUCGCCACAAGACGAGCAGCAAUAGCAGCAGCAGCAGCAGCGAGGACAACAUUCUCCUCGAAGAUCUUAAAAAAGGCGACGACAACGACGGGGACGCCAGCAUAAGCCUGAUUUCUAUGACAGAGAUGAUUGCGGCAGACCUUUGCCAGAUGAAGAACUGCAAGUUCGAAAACAUCGGACCCGACAUUUCCGCACAAACGACUAAGAGCAAAACUACUACCAACGACAAAAAUCGAAAAAUGAAGAGCAGUAGCAGCGGCAAUGCGAGCAACAAGAACAGCAAUAGCGACAGCAACAUCGUCUUUGAUAUGGACGUCAACGCUCUCGAUUUCAACAACUUUCAGCUGCGCACGAGCUCCAAAAAUACCGCUAACAAAUCUUGGCUUUUUAACAAACGAAGCAAAGCAAAAUCCUGGCACUAUAACAGUGGCAGCAAUAGCAGCUACACCUCCCCUCCUCCAGCAUCGACCCCCGAAACGAGAAGUCUUAACAGCGGAUCCUUUCUUCCGACUCCGCCGAGAAAUAGAAGUAGAACGAGGGGAACAGUUAGAGUAGAUUCAGCAAUGGAAGACGACCAAUCGUCGAUUGAGACGAGCAGUAUUAGCGAAAUUACCCCGACAGGGUGCGCUGGAUUCGAACGUGGGAUGGGUGUCUCUCCGAGGUCUCGAAGCCCAAACUAUCGGCCACCAUCGAAGGAGCACCGUCAACCCGAAGAAUUGUCCCUCGGUCAAUUGUUCUUGUCCGGAAUGCUGUCCCAGUGCUUUCCGCACGGUCCCGUUGCCGGUACCGAACCACAGGUGACAUCAACCCACCACCACAACACACUGAACAACCUCAAUUUCCAUUCUACUGCCAACGCCGAGGCCAUUCUGAAGGACGGAAAAACAAACGGCAACAGCAGUGGCCUCCUCCACCAAAGCAACCCUGUCGCCAACAACAACAAGAGCAACAAAAAUACCGAAGCCAUCAACAACAAAAAUAACAACGGUGGUGCCUACCAAAAGAACCUAGAAGAAGAAGCCUGUAGCUAUAUCGGCAACAACUGCACCGACAGUUACUACCACCAGGCGAUAGAUGUUUCGAUAGCCAAGCCAAACAAUAUCAACCCUCCCGUUUUUGCCGACAACACGGAACGUUACAACCAACUCGUGGUGGGGUACGUUGAGGACGACGAAGCAAAAAAGCAGCAACCGCACCGAAAAUAUUCCCGGGCGUGGUUCAGAUCCAAGAGGGAGGUCCAGAAGCGGUUGAGCAACACCAAGAUUGUUGUGCCUCCACAACAACCAUCACCGAACACAAAGAGGAGCGGUGACCAUCCCGCUUCGAUAGCGGCUAGGAGAAACAUGAAGGCCAAAAGCAAGGACCAGCAGCAGCGAGCAAAAAUGGACGAGAACCACCACAACAAUGUCGAAGUGAUCUGGAAAAAAUCUAAAUCUUUCAGGGAGCACCAAAUGCAGAACAAAAAAGCGCAACUUCUCCUUUGCUCGAAUCCCCACAAAGCGAAGAUGGAGGAAGCAUGUCCAGAAAAGGAUUCCGGAGCUAUCGGAAGGCUCGAGCCAUCCUCGUUGGCGUCACAGCGGUUUGCACUGAAACCUUGGUUCCGCCCCGCCGGCCCGCGGGGGAAAAGCAAAGAACGAAAGUGCUCGGAAAAGCGGCAGCAAGAUAGCAAAGAAACCGCACUUCAACUGAAAAGCAAUAGCAAGCAGCUGCCCUCCGUGCUAACGAUGGUAGUUUGCGACACGAACCGUGCCAACCACCACAAGGAAAAUGAAAACCACGCAAAGCACCGGCGCGAUCUGUUGCACUGUACCAGCAGCAAUAAAAGAAGCGAUACAAAUCAGAAACAACAAGAACAACUACAAUUCGAAUACGACGACGAAGAAGACAACGGAGACGGGGAUUAUAGAGUGCUAUCAAUUGUUGGCCACCAUCACCAGAACGACCUGCGGCCCACAACACCUUUCUUCGAUGACGAAAGCGACUCUACCUACGGCUUUACUACUUUUACCACCACAAGCAGCAGCAGCAAGCACGAGGCGCCAGUCGAAUCUCCGUUGUCGGUUGGCACCAAUUCCGGAAACCGUAUUCGUGCAGUCGAAACGGACGUCGAAAACGAUGCAGACGACGAAGACAACAGUGAACGCGAUGACGAUAGCAGAAGUAGCACAGAUGCAGCGAUCGACGUUCCCAACUGGGACGGGAAUGAUGCUGUAGUCUACAACGUUCCAAUCACGCUUCCUGGAAGACGCCGCCGCUCUCGACGUAAUGCUAAGGGGGAUAUAGACUACAGCAAACAAGACGGCAAGAGCAAAACUACCAAUACAAUGAAAAACAACAACGAUCCUUCGAAAAAAGAUCAAGGCGAAUCGUCUCCCUCCUCAUCAAACGUUGUUCAGCCUAUAAGUCCUCCUAGGCUCCGACGAAUGCUAGUUUGAAAAUGAGAAACUAAAGAACCGAAACAAAC